ACACACUUUGGACUAAGAUGCCAAUUUUGUUUAUAUUUACUUUGAUAUAUCUGGCCUCCAACAAUCAUCUUUCUGGAGUUAUAGCCAAAUCCUUUGAUCCAUGUCAACCCAAUCCUUGUGAAAAUGGAGGGACCUGCUUUCCAGACAAUGGAGACUUCAGAUGUGAAUGUGCUGGAAUUUACAUCCCGCCUUUUUGCGAUACUUUCCAGGUAUACCCAGACCCAGAACAGUCUACAUAUAAGAACUCUCCUUUCUGAGGAAAAAUGCAUCCUCUUUAAUUGAUGAAAAGCAAAACAUAAUUUUUGGACUGGUAAAAUCAUAUGUUUUUUUUUAAAUAUAUGCUUACUUUUAACUUUUAUUUUCAAUGUUGUGCAUGUUAUAUAAUGACUUAAAUGUAACCCAU